CUUCUAGAGGCACAUAAGUCUGAAGUAAUGAAUUUAGGUAAAGGGGUGCAGAGCCAUUGGUGGUUCUGUAGGCAGACAUUAAUGCCUUGAAUUUAAUGCGAGCAGCUAUUGGUAGCCAGUGCAAAUUGAUGAGGCGUGACGUGCGUUCUUUUCGGCUCAUUAAAGAUUAAUCUUGCAGCGGCAUUUUGGAUUAAUUGUAGAGGUUUGAUGGAAUUGGCUGGAAGACCUGCCAAGAGAGCAUUGCUAAAGUCAAGUAUGGACAGAACAAGAGCCUGAAUAAGGAGUUGUGUUGAAUGUUCCGAGAGAAAGGGCCUGAUCUUCUUAAUAUUGUGUAAUGCAAAAUCUGCAAGACCGGGCAGUUUUAGCAAUGUGGUCUGAGAAAGUCAGUCAGCUUAUCAUCAAUCACAACUCCAAGGUUUCUGGCUGUUUUUGAAGGAGUUAUGGUUGAUGAGCCUAACUGGAAGGUGAAAUUGUGAUGAAGUGAUGGGUUUGCUGAAACUACAAGCAGUUCUGUCUUAGCUAGGUUGAGUUGAAGGUGAUGGUCCUUCAUCCAGCAAGAAAUAUCUGUUAGACAUGCUGAGAUGCGAGCAGCUAUCGUCGGAUCAUCAGGAUGGAAUGAGAGGUAAAUCUGUAAAUAAAGACAGCGCCAAGAUGACUUCAUCUCAAGACCCAGCAGAUUCAAACAUACCCAGUGUUUCUGGUGCGAAGGGGAAAUCGAAACGCAUCCGCACUGCGUUCACACUGGAUCAGCUGCGCAUCCUGGAGCGAAGCUUCCAGAACAGCCACUAUCUGUCGGUGUUUGAGCGCCACUGCAUCGCCACGGCCCUCCAUCUCCCUGAAACACAGGUCAAGAUCUGGUUUCAGAACCGACGCACCAAAUGGAAGAAGGAACAAGAAGGUCAUGGAGAAGAGGAGCAGAAUCAUUGCGCACAUCCGGCGUUUGCGCAAAAUUCGUUUAUGUAUGCGCUGCCUGGACAUCAUGCAAAUCCUGUGCAUUAUUACACACCACAAACACCAUACCUGAACACACCUUACCAUCACCACACCCUCAUGAUGUUCUGAUCUUUGACAGCGUGAUGAACCAUUUUGAACAUUUUAUUGUCUACUUCUUUUCGGAUGAGACCAAUAGACUGAUCUGAAGAAUCAAGAACUUCUUUAAAUCUCUAAAUUAGAACUCUUGAAAGUUCUCAAUUUGAAGUUUUGAAGAAUUUCCACUGAAGAAAGUUUAUUUUAAGGAAUGAAUGAACACUAGCAAUAUAUUUAAUGUAAUAUUUUACUUUUUUAUAAUAAUGUCAUAUUUUUUUGGUCAUAAUAUUUAUAAUGUUUUUAACAUUUGUAUUUUAUACCACAUUUUAAAUGUAAGUAAAUGUAAG